GUCAGGGACCUGGCUGGUGAAGUGUUCGCGCGCCACCCGGAGGCUGCGAUUCUUCAGGGACCAUCCUCCAAGCAGCAUCCUCCGUCCCAUCGCGCACUACCCCCGCCUAGUUCCUGCCCGGCCCCGCCGUCACGCCCCGCCACCGUCCCGCUGUCGUCCCAUCCUCAAAACCCCGCGCCGCCCGCAUUCCAAAGAUGUCGCAACCUGUAGCAACAGAAACGGCCGAUGCGACGAUGUACUACACCCCCUCGCGCUCGAUGUUCUUCCUCAUCCGCAUCGCCGGGUACACAUGGUACAAGACGUACCGGACGAUCGAGAUGCUGGCGGGCUCACCCAGUACCGCGACGACCCGGUGGCUGGAACACAAGCAGACGGAGCUGAACUUCGCGUCGCUGAUCGGCGGUCUCCUCGCGUCGUGCGUCACCGCGUCGCUUUCGUGGCCCGACGUGCCGACCGCGCACUGGCUCGUGCGCGCGUGCUGGUACGUCUCGCUGAGCAUGGUGAUCACGUCGGUGCUGGUGGCGUUCCAGCAGGUGGCGGGGCUGGGCGGAAUCCUGGCCACGCAUGGCUCGCACGCGAGUCUGUACAGCGCCCUGCUCGACAGGAAUGGAAGGCCCGAUAUAAAGAUCGUGUUCGUCCUGCAGGUGCCCGUGCAGCUGCUGAGCUAUUCGAUCUUUUUUUAUACGCUCGGGUUGGCAGUGCAUGUUAUCUCGCCGCUCGGGUGGAGCGUGUGGGGUGAUGAUUCUAAGAUUGCCGUGUUCUAUUGCGUCGGUCUCGCCGUCUCUGUCUCGCUGUUCAUGAUAGGCAGCCACUACAGCCUGCAGUUGCUGGAUACGUCGAGUUUGGUCGGGAAACAGAACGAGGUUAUGGGGAACGAGCAUGGAGACAGCGAGGAGAGCUUCUCGAGGAGGCCAACGUUCAUGAAUAGGGAGACGAGUCUCGAGGAGGCUGCAGAUCGUGUCAACGAGGAGCGAACGAGGAAUCAAGGCGUGUCGGGUGGCAUCGGAGGGUUGCAGACGAGGGAGAUCGUCGAGUGAACCAGGAGCUGGACUCUGGUCACGUGAAUGGGAGCUGUACUUCGAUCACGUGAAUAAGGAGCUGGACUCUGAUCACCGUUGGUGGACGAGGGAACGCAGGAGACGAAUCAAAGACGCCGGAGUAGGAGGAACCGCGUUGUGCGAGAGCAUAUGGCGAAUUAUCAGGACGGAUGAUUAGAUGGAUCAGAUACGCCAUAGAGUCUAUAGCCGCCGAAUAGAGAGCUUGAGCAGAUCACCCAG